AUGAUCUGUCUGGUGUUGACCAUCUUCGCCAACCUCUUCCCGGCGGGCUGCACCGGCGCGCACGAGCGCACCUUCGUGGCCGUGAAGCCGGACGGCGUGCAGCGGCGGCUGGUGGGCGAGAUCGUGCGGCGCUUCGAGAGGAAGGGCUUCAAGCUGGUGGCGCUGAAGCUGGUGCAGGCCUCCGAGGACUUGCUGCGCGAGCACUACGCCGAGCUCCGCGCGCGGCCCUUUUUCGGCCGCCUGGUGCGCUCCAUGGGCUCGGGGCCCAUGGUGGCCAUGGUGUGGCAGGGGUUGGACGUGGUGCGCGCUUCCCGGGCGCUCAUCGGGGCCACUAACCCGGCCGACGCCGCGCCGGGCACUAUCCGCGGGGAUCUCUGCAUCGAGGUCGGCAAGAACGUGGUCCACGGCAGCGACUCGGUGGAGAGCGCGCGCCGCGAGAUCGCCCUGUGGUUCCGAGCCGAGGAGGUCCUGUGCUGGGAGGACAGCGCGGCGCACUGGCUGUAUGAGUAGCCUGGC